GUUCUUCAGCACACACCUUACAACAGAAGGAUCCUCUGAGAGGCUGGAAAAGGUAGACAGCACAAGAUGGAUGCCUUCUAGCCAACCAGUGAGUCCUACUGCUGCUGCAUGUCUGGCAGCAUCUCUGAAUGAUCACAUGACUCUUGAUAUGGAUGCAGUCCUGUCAGACUUUGUUCGGUCCACAGGGGCAGAACCAGGUCUGGCAAGAGACUUACUGGAAGGCAAAAACUGGGACUUGACAGCAGCUUUGAGUGACUAUGAGCAGCUCCGGCAGGUACACACUGCCAACCUGCCACAGGUGUUCAAUGAGGGCAAAUACUACAAGCAGCAGGAGCCAGAGCAGCCUCCCCAGGUGACGAAGGCUGAGCGACCAUGCCUGCAAAGGCAGGAUGACAUUGCUCAAGAAAAGCGUCUUUCCAGAGGUAUUUCUCAUGCCAGCUCAGCCAUAGUCUCCCUUGCUCGAUCACAUGUAGCAAAUGAGUGCAGUAAUGAACAGUUUCCUCUGGAGAUGCCCAUCUACACAUUCCAGCUACCAGACCUUAGUGUGUACAGUGAAGAUUUCAGAAGCUUCAUUGAACGUGACUUAAUUGAGCAGGCAACAAUGGUUGCUUUGGAGCAAGCAGGACGACUAAAUUGGUGGUCCACAGUGUGUACAAGCUGCAAACGUCUUCUUCCCUUGGCUACAACGGGUGACGGAAACUGCCUCUUGCAUGCUGCGUCUUUAGGGAUGUGGGGAUUUCAUGACCGGGACCUUGUUUUACGUAAAGCACUCUAUACUAUGAUGAGAAAUGGAGCUGAAAGGGAAGCACUGAAAAGAAGAUGGAGAUGGCAACAGACCCAGCAGAAUAAGGAGUCAGGUUUAGUGUAUACAGAAGAAGAAUGGGAACGGGAGUGGAAUGAACUGCUUAAACUGGCAUCAAGUGAGCCUCGUACACAUUUCAGCAAAAAUGGAGGCAGCGGUGGUGGAGUUGAUAAUUCAGAAGAUCCAGUGUACGAGAGCCUAGAAGAGUUCCAUGUUUUUGUCUUAGCCCACAUUUUGAGAAGACCUAUUGUUGUAGUAGCAGACACGAUGUUACGAGACUCAGGGGGAGAAGCGUUUGCACCUAUACCAUUUGGAGGAAUUUAUUUGCCACUUGAAGUUCUACCUAACAGAUGCCAUUGCUCACCUCUUGUGCUUGCCUAUGAUCAGGCCCAUUUCUCUGCCCUUGUUUCCAUGGAACAAAAAGAUCAGCAGAGAGAACAAGCGGUGAUCCCCCUGACGGACUCUGAACACAAGUUGCUGCCUUUGCACUUUGCGGUCGAUCCUGGGAAAGACUGGGAGUGGGGAAAAGAUGACAAUGAUAACACCAGACUGGCCAAUUUGAUUCUGUCUCUUGAGGCAAAGCUUAACCUUCUGCACAGCUAUAUGAAUGUAACGUGGGUACGCAUACCAUCUGAGACACGGCAGGCCCCUUUGGCUCAACCAGAAUCCCCUACAGCUUCAGCUGGGGAGGACGUUCAGUCUCUGGCUGACUCAAUGGACUCGGACCGAGAUUCCAUCUGUAGUAAUUCCAAUGGCAAUAAUGGCAAAAACAGUAAAGAAAAAGAAAAGGACAAACAGAGGAAAGAUAAAGACAAAACCAGGACGGAUUCAGUUGCCAAUAAAAUCGGAAGCCUCAGUAAAACCCUGGGAAUUAAACUGAAAAAGAAUAUGGGUGGUCUUGGAGGCCUGGUGCAUGGCAAAAUGAGCAGAGCCAAUUCAGGGAAUGGGAAAAAUGGUGACACAGUCGAGAAAGUCAAAGAGAAGAAGUCUAAGUCUCGAAAAGGGAGUAAAGAGGAAUCUGGACAGUCUGCGAGCACUUCUCCAUCUGAAAAGACCACUCCAUCUCCGACUGACAGAGCUAGCAACUCACCCAUUGAGAAGACGAACACCAAACCCUUCUCUGACAAGCAGUCUGACCCAUGGAAGUACAGCACUGAUGUGAAACUCAGCCUAAAUAUUUUGAGAGCUGCCAUGCAGGGUGAACGAAAGUUUAUUUUUGCUGGCCUCCUUUUGACCAGUCAUAGGCAUCAGUUCCAUGAGGAGAUGAUAGGCUAUUACCUGACCAGUGCACAGGAGCGUUUCAAUGCGGAACAGGAACAGAAGAGAAAGGAUGCUGAGAAAAAGGCUGCGCUGAAUGGGUCAUCUAGUCGGAAACUGGAGCCAGAAGCAUAUUCAAAAGAAAAAUUAGAAACAUCUCCUCAGGAUAGGGCAUCACCCGUCUUGCCUCAAAGCCAUACAACUCAACUGGUUUUAAAAUUUAAAGAUCACACUAGUCCCACUCCCGGGUCAUUUUCUUCGCCUAGUAACAGUGCUAAGAAAAGUGGACCCAUUCCGGUAUCUGCCCACUAUAGCCAUACGCCACCUGUUCAAAGGCAAAGUGUCAUCCAUUUGCAUGAUGUCAACUCCAAGCCAUCGAGCUUCCAAGACGAUACAUACAAGCCAGUGGUUGGCACCUUAAAGACCUGUGCCACCUAUCCCCAACAAAACAGAUCACUGUCUUCUCAAAGCUAUAGCCCAGCCCGGAUAUCUGGUAUCCGUACAGUGAACACGGUGGAAUCACUGAGCUAUGCCAUGCCUACUGAACACAAGUCUCAGACGUACACAAACGGAUUCAAUACUGGCGACAUUAGAGACUGCUUAGAAUAUGCUGAUGAGGAUGCUCCUCAGGCCUGGUUGAACAAUGAUAAAAAUCAAGGCAGAAGCACAGUUUGCCCAAUAUAUUCCAUCCAGCAGAACCGCUGUAAGAAGGAGAACUGUUCCUUUUAUGGUCGUCCUGAGACUGAAAAUUACUGUUCGUACUGCUACAAAGAAGAGUUAAAGCGCAGGGAGAGAGAAAGCAAGGGACACAGGCAUUGA